UGCUCAAGGCACAGUAACCCGCCCCAUCACAAAAAUUGUGAUAUUAAAUACAGAAUAACAUACAAGUUUUCUCUUCUUUUUUAGUGAAAUGGCCCCAACAAUCACCAACUCACCCAAACCUCGUUCUAUGAGCCCAACAAUCACCAACUCACCCAAACCUCGUCGCAUGAGCUCAGCAAUUAGCAUCCGGUCCCGUAGCGCAACCCGCAGCAUUACACCGAUUUCGGAAGACGAAACGAUGUCCCGACGCAUUCAACGUUUCAAGUCGACCCUUCCCACUAUUCGUGAAGAAAAGGAAUGUGAUGAUCGCACAACACGGAAAACGAUCUCACAUCGAAGAAAACACACAUCAUCCCGUCAUGUCGCUUGCGGAAUAUGCAAGAAAGACCACCGUCUAGUGACUUGCGCUACGUACUCGGCAUAUAACAUAAACAAAAAAUACGAAGCAGUAAUCAAAUACAACUACUGCGUUAAUUGCUUAGCCAGGUCGCACAAGACAGGAGGAUGCACCAGCAAAAAUAGAUGUUCCGUUUGUCAUGGGAAACAUCAUUCAUCCCUACACGGACAUCCGAGGCUAUACCCGACCAACGAUGCCAAUGUUGUGGAGAAACAUCCACUUGCAAUAGAGACCCGACUACCAUCCUUACUGGCUAAGCAGACCCUAGUACCCACGUUGAAGAUACGAUUAAGAUGCGAUGGUGAAUGGCAUAAAGUUCGAGCCAUUUUAAACCCUACCCUCAAAAUCACGAAUAUAGCAGCUGAACUCGUCAAACACUUAAAACUGCCAAUUACAUACCUCAACACGUAUCGUAUUUGUAGCAUACAAAUCAGCUCAAAUAAUGACACAAAGUUUUCUCUGGAAUGUAACGCAGUCAUCACCCACAAGCUACCCAAAAAACCCUAUGAGCGAGAUCUAAGCGACGAUGUGCAAAUGCGCUUUGAACACUUAGUUCUCGCUGACCCUCAAUUCCACAGCAACAGGGAGAUAACGUUGGAGAUUGGAGCAGAUGUGUACCCUCAAAUCAUCAGAAAUGGACUAUUCAAACCCGAUAAUGGUACGGUGGUAGCGCAGAAUACAGCAUUUGGCUGGACCCUUACUGGCACCAUCUAACCAUAAAUUCUGCAAGGUGGCCGGGAUGUUUAAUCCAAACAAAUACUCCUCUGCAUUACUCCCACAAAUUACAAAAAGUAAUAGAGGCGUAAUGUAGAGGAGUAUAAACCGCCCCAACUUCACGCAACAGGCGAAAAAGGAGGAAUGAAGGAGACGAUUUUCCCGCGCUUUCACCACAAAGGUAAUAUUAUCCCGCCAACAUACAGAAGCGAACACAAAUGAAAUUAAGCGAAUCACAAGUGAAACGAUAUACAAGUGAAGUACACAGUGAAUACAGAAAAACACAAGUGAACACUAAGAAAAACAAAAUUCACAGAAAUUAAGCAAGUGGACAAUUAUUACAUCAAUUUAAUAUUACAAACCCAAGCAGAUACAGCGGUGACAAUCCCUAUUCAAGUGGACAAACACUGGAGAAACCACCAAAUCGGCACAUUCGAUAAACAACAACAACUCAGGAUUUAAAGCAGCAGCAGGUUACAAUCAUUUAAUAAAUUAACAUAGAUUUACAUAUUUAUAUCUACUAAUAACACAUUUAACCAUCAUUGGUUGCACACAUUCACACACCCAUAUAUUUAUAAUUAUAUUAAACUCAAUUAAACUCGAACAUUUAUAACGUUAAAACUAAAACGAAAUAUCUUUUAAUAAAACGCAAUCGGCCCCAUACGUCGACAUACCCCGACAAUGAGAAAGGUGAUGCUAAUUUCAAUGUUUACAAAUGUACGCUUACAGAUUCGCGUAUUUACAAAGCGCAAAGGACUAUGGA